AUGGAUUCAAUAUCAAAGUCUACAACGAUAACAGGUACGGUACAACAACAAUCAAUCCCAUAUCUCUCUACACAACAUAGACAUUCUACCUCAUUAUGUAUAGGAACUAAUAUUAAUAAUAAUGAGAAUGAUUUACAUGAUGCAAUGACAAACUGUUUUAUUACACCAAUAUGUAGUACGGAUAGUUAUUCUCCUAUUAUUAAUACAAUCGAUGAAGCUCGUGCAGUUUUAGUUACUACUGUUACUACAAUGACAACUACUAAUAUUAUUACUGCCACUACAAUGAACUCUAUUAAUACUUCUUCCUCUAUUCUACAUGGUCGUAAUAAUUCCAAUGUAUCAUAUUCAACAAUAACUUCACCAAUAAUUACAACAAUAAUAACACCAGAUAUAAAUAUUACGAAUUCUAGUCCAUUAUUAACAUCAUCAUCAUCAUCAUGUAUUCAACCGACAAGUCCAUUAUCAUUUUCAAUGUUACAUCGAUUCAGUAGUAAUAUGGGUUUAUUUAAUUCAAUUAACAAUAACAAUAAUAAUAAUACAUGUAUUAAUGACAAAACAGAUUAUGGUAAUUUAGAUUUUCGUUUAAUAUGGGAACCAAAAAAUGGUCAACCAACAAGUAUAUGGCUUGUUGCAUCAACAUUACAAGAGAAAGCUGCAUGGUGUUCUGAUAUUAGUCAAUGUAUUGAACAAUUGCAUUAUGGAGAUAUUUUAAAUUCAGCUCAGUCGGAUGUUUCUUCUGUAGCAAUGCCUCAGUCUAUUCGAUCGGAUCCGAAAUUGUUUAAAGAUGAUGUAGAUAUUAAAUUUAGUCAUACAUUGAAUUCAUGUAAAGUACCACAGAUUCGUUAUGCAACAGUUAGUCGUUUACUUGAUCGACUAACUGAUGCCAGAUUCUUAUCCAUAGACUUUUUGAAUACUUUUCUACUUACCUAUCGUGUAUUUACCACUGGUCUGUCAGUGAUAUGGGCAUUAAACCAAGUUCUAGCAAAUCCGGAUGUAGAAAAUGGUGGAAAUGCACCACAUUCUAAUCAAAAUCAAUCAUUUACAUACUCUCAUUUUGAAAAUCCUGAACAACGUGAUCGAUUAUAUACAGCUAGACCAUCAGAAGUUUCAUUGAAUAUAAAUCGUUUACCUGUUUUAGAAGAAACUGUACAUAGUAACAUGGAUGAUAUAUCAUCAAGUUCAAAUUCUAUUACACAAAUAGAAAAUCAAUUAGAAACUAAUAAUACUACUACUAAUAAUAAUAUAAUCAGUAGUAUAUCAAAUCAAUUAAUGACAAAUUUAUCACUAAACAAACAAGAUUCAUUGAUGAACAAUGAAAUUUCAAUCACUUCAUCUCCAUUACCAACAACAGUUCAUUGUACUACUACUACUACUACUACUACUACUAAUAAUAAUAAUAAUAAUAAUAAUAAUAAUAAUAAUAAUAAUAAUAAUGUAUCAAUGAAAUUGCAUAAAAAAUCAAUUCCUCGUCCAUUAUCUACAUCAGAAACAGUCAAAUAUUGUUCACCUUCUAUAACAAUAUCAAAUAUCAUGAGUCAAUCAGCAAUCAAUGAUAGUCAUAGUUCAUCAUUAUUAUUUGAUAAACAAUCUAAUAAACAUAUAAUGAAUAGAAGUUUUCAAUCAUCUACAAUUGUUACCAUUCCUAUUCAAACAACAUCUACAACGAUGUUAAUUCCACGUUCACCUAUUUAUAGUAAAUUUGUUGAUUUAAGAGAUGAUCCACCAUUAGAGUUGCCUAUUUUACCAGAUUUAAAAACAACGGAGAAAAAACAAAAACAACCGGAAUUCAAACAAAAAAUAGACAAUAUCACCUCAUCUAAUUCAUCUUCAAUUGAACAAAAUGAAUCUAUGAAUAGUGUCAAAGAGCAUACACGUUUAGCUCCAUUAGCAUCAUGUGAAGUAAUACCAGAUGAAUCGGAGACAAUCAAUAUUAAACAAGAAUCAUUCAAUAAUAAACAAUUAUCUGUAUCUAUAAACAAUAAUGUAAAUAAUAUAGACAAUCAAUAUCAAUCUAAUCCCGGUAUAACAAAUUCUCUCAAUCCUAAUUUACAUAAUAUAACAUGUAAUCAUUUAGAUAAUCAAUUGGAUCAAUGUAGAACUGUGUUCAAUCAAGAGAAACAUUACAAGUUGGAUCAUGUUGAAAUAACAAAACAGGAAGGAAUUAAAACAGGAGAACAAUACAAGCAUAAUUUAUUAGCAGACAUAUCAAAAUCCGAUGUGGCCAUAUCCAUUUCAUAUGAAAAUCAGGUAAAAUUAUGA